CGCGGGUCGCCCGGCUCCCGGAGGCGAGGGGGGCACGGGCGGAUGGCGGAAGGCGCUCAGACGCAGCAGCUGCCUCAGCUCGGACCCGGCGCCGCUGCCCGGGGCAUGAAGCGGGAGUCGGAGCUGGAGCUGCCGGUUCCCGGAGCGGGAGGAGACGGAGCCGAGCCCGGCCUGAGCAAGCGGCCGCGCACCGAGGAGGCAGCGGCCGACGGCGGCGGGAUGCAGAACGAGUCUUUGACCCCAGGUUAUCAUGGAUUCCCACCGCGGGAUAGCCAGGGUAACCAGGAGCCAACAACAACUCCUGACGCAAUGGUUCAGCCUUUUACUACCAUCCCUUUUCCACCACCUCCGCAGAAUGGAAUUCCCACAGAAUAUGGAGUGCCACACACUCAGGACUAUGCCGGCCAGACCAGUGAGCAUAACCUAACGCUCUAUGGGAACACACAAGCCCACGGAGAACAGAGCAGCAAUUCACCCAGCACACAAAACGGAUCUCUCACGCAGACAGACGGUGGAGCCCAGACAGAUGGCCAGCAGUCACAGACACAAAGUAAUGAAAAUUCAGAGAGUAAAUCUACCCCUAAGCGACUACAUGUUUCUAAUAUUCCUUUUCGCUUCCGGGACCCUGACCUCCGGCAAAUGUUUGGGCAAUUUGGCAAAAUCCUAGAUGUAGAAAUAAUCUUUAAUGAGCGUGGUUCUAAGGGAUUCGGGUUCGUAACUUUCGAGAAUAGUGCUGAUGCAGACAGGGCCAGGGAGAAAUUACACGGCACCGUGGUAGAGGGCCGUAAAAUCGAGGUUAAUAAUGCUACAGCACGUGUAAUGACCAAUAAGAAGAUGGUCACACCAUAUGCAAAUGGUUGGAAAUUAAGUCCAGUAGUUGGAGCUGUAUAUGGCCCUGAGUUAUAUGCAGCAUCCAGCUUUCAAGCAGAUGUGUCUCUUGGCAAUGAAGCGGCUGUGCCCCUAUCAGGAAGAGGGGGUAUCAACACCUACAUUCCUUUAAUCAGUCUCCCUUUAGUUCCUGGCUUCCCUUACCCAACUGCAGCCACCACGGCAGCCGCUUUCAGAGGAGCCCAUCUGAGGGGCAGAGGGCGGACAGUAUAUGGUGCAGUCCGAGCGGUACCUCCAACAGCCAUCCCCGCCUAUCCAGGUGUGGUUUACCAGGACGGAUUUUACGGUGCUGACCUCUAUGGUGGAUAUGCAGCCUACAGAUAUGCACAGCCUGCUACUGCAACCGCAGCCACAGCUGCUGCAGCCGCCGCAGCCGCUUACAGCGACGGUUAUGGCAGGGUGUACACAGCCGACCCCUACCAUGCCCUUGCCCCUGCCGCUAGCUAUGGAGUUGGCGCUGUGGCGAGUUUAUACCGAGGUGGCUACAGCCGAUUUGCCCCCUACUGAAGUGACGUGAAACCCCUGCAAAUGGGACAGCCCCCAGUUCAUGAGGCCUGGCUAUUGCAAUAUUUACUAGUAGAGGAACUCUAUAGCAAGAUGAAGAGGAAAUACAAACAAACAAAAAAAACACAAAAAAAGAGAGAAUACUUUUUUAUACCUCACUAUGUUCUUUGAAUAUGUAUUUUUCCUUUAAAUUUCUGCCUUUAAUUCUUUUGUUCCAAAGAUUGUGCAUUUUUUUUCUUUUUUUUUUCUUUUUUUUUAACUGUGGUAAACGAAAAACAAACAAACAAAAAAAAAAAGAUAAUGCAUUUCCAUGUCUAUAUGUCCGUGCCUAGCUUAUUCUGUCAGUCACGGAAAAGGCAGUUGAUGAGGAAGGAGAGACACUAGGAGCAGAGAUAUGCAUCUGAUCAGAAAUCGGGAGACAGAAUUACCAAAGUGUAUCUGGUGCUGCGUGGCUGGGGACAACAGAAGUGGAAGAGAUCUUUCUGCAGCGGCAUAUUCUUCUAGUCUUCUGAAUUCUGGUCUUUGGCAGGAGAUUCUGAUUGGCUGUGGCUGGAAUCCACAUGCCACUAGAGAGGAAUUUGUGCUUGCAAAGCAGGAGAAUUAAAAACACUUUUCCUCUCCUCCUUCCCUCCUGUCUUCUCCAUUCUUUUUACAAUCAUCUUACACACCCAGCCUGAGACAGUUGGCAUAGCUUUUGGAAUUACAGUGUUGAUAUUUCCAAACAUGCUCUCAGACUGUGGAUAAUAAACACCUCAUUAGGAAACCAAUCUCAGAAUGAACUCUGGAGUAUGAAAACACUUUUUUCUUUUCUUUCCUCCAAUCCUAGCACAUCUGCUGGCUACUUCUGUAACCACCGUGUAGCUCAUCUGUUCUUCAGUAACAUGCUGCUCCCAUGUCCUCAACAUUCAGGAGUUUAGUAUCCAGGGACAGAGAAUAAAUAGCCAGAUUUCCUCCAAGUAUCUUGG